CUCCGAUACCAUCAAGAGAUUCAAAUCACUCUCUCUCACUUCGCACACUCACACACAUUCAAAAUGGCCUCAACCUCAGCCGUGUCAAUAGCGCUGCCGCUCCCCCGCGCCGCCACAAUUCGGCCGCCCUCCUCCGACGCCUUCGUCAAGGGCACGCCGCUGAGGCCGUCGUCCAGGUCUAAGGCUUCCGCCGCCGCUAGAUUUGAAGUGAUCAAGGCUUCUAAUUCCUUCAAGGAGAAGGCCGCGGCUGGACUGACUGCCGCCGCGCUGACCGCCUCCAUGGUCGUCCCCGACGUGGCGGAGGCGGCCAGCGGAGGCUCCCCCUCGCUCAAGAACUUCCUGCUCAGCAUCGUCGCCGGCGGCGUAGUGGUCUUCGCCAUUGUCGGGGCGGUGGUCGGCGUCGCCAACUUCGACCCGGUCAAGCGGGGCUGAAGCUUUUCUUUUUCUCUCUGUUUUUUUUUUCUGUGAGAUGUAUUACUCCUCUUGUUUGUUGAUAGAUUAAAACUGUUACUCUUUGGAAAGAGCUUAUGAUUUUCGUAAAGUAUCCACUAAAUAUUAUAGAAUGGCA